CCUAAUUUCUGUUUUUGUUUCUUUUUCUGGUGAGAAAGGAAGCUUUACAUUUCAAAAAUCAUCUCUUCAUACAAGAAAGGAAGCAUUUUUAUUUUUAAACAUUUUGUUUUGGGGUUUGUCAUACGUUCCCUUUACGUGUAGUUUCUUUAUCUUUUAAGGAAUUGUGUCUUUUUUGCUUUUGGGGGUUGAUAAUGACUUUCUAUGAUACCAUAUAGAAAUGGGGUUUAGCAAAAAUUGAGUCUUUAUGGUUUUAAUUUUCUAAAAUUUUGUAUUUGGUGUAAUUUUAGUAUAAUUUGUUAGAUGUUUGUAAUUGUAAGUUUCCGCAUUAGGCCUUUUAUUUUGAUCCAAACAAAAGGUAGCUGCUUUCUUAGUUCAUAUCAUUGGUCCCCUUUUGUUUCUGUUGAUUGAAAAGACAGGAUAAAAGUACUGUUGGCUUUAUAUUAGCUUUUCUUGAUGGAAGCUAAUUGAAUUUGUGCUGUAAAAGGGUAAACUUUUCUUGAACUUCUAUUUUUUUAUGUUGCUUUUGUGAAGGAGAAAUAUAGAGGGAUAAUCAUCAUCUGUGAUUUAUCAUCAGCAGAUAUGAUGCUGGCUUUUGCAAGUCCUUCUUGCUGCAGUGUCCAUACAAGUUCUACUUGCCAUACUUUACUUAGAGAACUAGAGCAAAUAUGGAAAGACAUUGGAGAGACUGAAGCUGAUAAAAACCGUAUGCUGUCGGAGCUGGAGAGAGAAUGUUUGGAAGUUUAUCGGAGAAAAGUUGAAGAAGCUGCAAAUACAAAAGGAUGUCUUCAUCAAUCGGUUGCAACCAAAGAAGCCGAGGUUGCAACGUUAAUGGCUGCUCUUGGUGAACUCAAUAUUAAUUCACUGAAACAGCCAGAGAAGAAGUCAGCAUCAUUGAAGGAGCAACUAGCAUUCGUUACACCACUUAUCGAUGAUUUAAGAGUUAAGAAAGAUGAAAGAGUUAAGCAGUUUGCAGAUGUAAAGACACAAAUCGACAAGAUAACUAGUGAGAUUUCCGAGUAUUCUAAUAUCAUCAAUGCCAUGAGUUCCUUAAAUCUGGAAGAUCAUGACUUGUCACUGAGAAACCUCUCCGAAUACAAAUCUCAUCUUCGUGCUCUUCAAAAGGAGAAGUCUGAGCGGAUCCAAAAAGUUGUGGACUGUGUAAACGAGGUGCACUCUUUGUGUGGUGUCCUGGGGCUAGAUUUUGGCAAAACUGUGAGUGAUGUGCAUCCAAGCUUGCAUGAAACAAGCCUGGGACAAUCCACUAACAUUAGUGUCAGCGCAUUGGAAAGUCUUGAACAGGCCAUCUUCAGACUGAAGACAGAAAGAAAAGUUCGAUAUCAGAAGCUAAAAGAUGUUGCUGGAUUGUUGUUUGAGCUUUGGACCUUAAUGGAUACAACCAGAGAAGAAAAGAGUAAGUUAUCGAGGAUCACUUCCGUUCUUCGUCUUUCUGAGGCAGAGGUUACAGAACCAGGUGCUCUUUCUCUGGAGGUUAUUGAACAGAUAUCGACAGAAGUGGAGAGGCUGACCAAAUUGAAAGCAAGCAGGAUGAAGGAGUUGGUCAUAAAAAGGAGAGCAGAGCUGGAGGACAUAUGCUACAAAAACCAUAUCGAUCCUGAUCCAAGUACUUCAGCUGAUAAAUCUAGUGCAAUGAUAGACUCUGGUCUUGUGGACCCUUGUGAACUCCUGGAAAAUAUUGAAGCACAAAUAAACAAAGCAAAGGAUGAAGCUUUAAGUCGAAAAGAUAUAAUGGAUAAAAUAGACUGGUGGCUUUUUGCUUGUGAGGAGGAAAACUGGCUUGAAGAUUAUAACCAGGAUUAUAGACGUUACAGUGGUGGAAGAGGUGCUCACAUAAACUUAAAGCGCGCUGAGCAAGCUAGAAUUAAAGUGACUAAAAUUCCAGUCGUGGUUAAAGCUUUGAUUAACAAGACACUAGCUUGGGAAGAUGAGAAACAGAAGUUGUUUCUUUAUGAUGGGGUGAGAUUGGUGUCAAUAUUGGAGGAUUACAAAGUGGUUAGAAAGCAGAAAGAAGAGUCAAAGAAACGGGCUCAGGAUCAGAAGAAACUCCAUGAUAUGCUGCUGGCAGAGAAGAAAUCUGUAUAUGGUUCCAAACCUAGCCCAAGAAGAAGCAGCAGCUUUAGGAAGGGAAAUGGUUAUCAUGCCAAUGGACAUGGAUCUGUUACACCCUCGCCACGUAGGAGCUCAAUGUCUUGUGCAACUCCAGAGCUCUUAACACCCCGUUCCAACUCUGUGCGGCACAAUGGUUAUUUCAAGGAAAUGACAAGGCUCUCUACCGGCCCUCUCAACUUUGUGUCUAUGGCUAAAGAAGAUACUGUGUCAUUCUCUUCUAUUUCCGGUUCUGAUCCAGAAUCUCCACUUCAAGCUUGAACCCACAAAUUGAGUUGGUUGAUGACCAUCAAUCCAUCCGUAGCAACUGUUUCCUUCAGAGAGAAUACCACCUACAAUAUGCUUGUGAAUAAUGAAGGAAAUGUACAUUGAUGUAUUGCUGUGAUGUGUUAGGCAAUUCUGGAGCAACGAGUAGAGAUUUUCGAGGACUUCCUUUUGUGCAUGCUGAUGGAUGAAGAUAGCAGCUACCGGAAGAUUGCUGACCAAUGUGUAUUUGUAAGAGAUUUCUUGUUUUAUCGUUUACCUGUACAUACAUUUGCAAUAGAAUUUCCACCAUAUUUUCUUUGGAUUGUAUUAUGCGGUCUUUUCGGAAGCUAGAUCCUAAGAUGAGUUUGUUUCAUGUAUUGCUCACAUUACUCUCUUCAUGUUUGUUUGCGCGAAAAAAAUGAAAUAAUUUUUGAAGCA